GCUAGCUCAUAUUAUAGCAUAGUAUUCAGAUACCAGGAUGUUCCGUGUCAGGACCAAAGCCGCGUUGUCAUUACUUGGCCAGGAGCAGCUAUCGACUACAUUCAUGCUAAUUACGUGGGAACUCCUUUAUCGGACAAAAGGUUCAUCUGCACACAGGUGUUCCGUUUAUUCAUUCAUUCACUUCAGGGACCACUAGAUGGAACGAUUACUGAGUUCUGGCAAAUGGUGUUACAAGAAGAGUCUCAGACAAUCGUGAUGCUCUGUAAUUGCAUUGAACUGGAGUUGCUGUCAAGAGUGCGUGGAACGAAUAAACCCAUAAUUGUACAUUGCUCAGCUGGAAUCGGAAGAACAGGAACAGUUGUCGCCAUUGAAUACAUUCUCGAGCGAAUGCAGGCCGGAGUUGAAUGUGCAGCAAUGAAUGAUUUGCUGAAAGAAUUACGUAAUCAACGAGCUUACACUAUUCAGAAUGAUCUACAGUACCUGUUCAUUCAUCGCGUUAUGCUGUGCUACUUCCUUGAGAAGCAUAGGCAAAGAUAUGAAUCGUUAUUAACUGAAGAAGUCCAAGCCAAAUACAAGAAGUUCGUCGAGGAUUAUAACCAAGCAACAGGCACCAAUUAA